AUGAAGAAUUCAAAAUCGCCAUUUAAAAGGUUCUCACAUAGUCGAGAGGGUUCCACGGAUGAGCACAAUUCGUUCUUUCACAAACACUCAGUGUCCGGGAGUAGCACGCACAUGAAUGAUGUCAACCACUCACGGAACGCUAGUGCUAGUGGGGUUCCUCCUGUGUCAGGAAUGAAAGCCUCUCAUAAAAGAAAUACUUCGACGUCUUCACGAGCAUCACAAAAUUCGAAUUUUUUAGCAGAACAGUAUGAAAGAGAUAGAAAGGCGAUCAUUGAUUGUUGUUUCUCUGCACAUGAUAACAAAUCAAAGGGAUUCACCAGUAGCUACAUUACACAUGUUAGAAUCAUUGAGGACAGCAAAUCACCAAGUUCUCGGCCACCCUCGAAUUCAAAAUUAGAAAAUAAGAAAAAGCGAGUGCUCAUUUUGAGUUGCAAAACUGGAAAUUACAAUGAAAUCCAAUUACACAAGGGUCGCGAGAGUUCAGAGGGCACGUUCCAAAUAGGCAGAACAUGGGAUCUGAAGGAAUUGACCAAAGUUGAAAGAGAUACAGAAAUCAAUGAGGGGUUCAUCCUCACCAUGGGUAAGAAGUACUAUUGGGAGACUAACUCAGCCAAAGAGAGAACCGUUUUUUUGAAAUCAUUGAUCAACAGCUUCAUGCAAGCGUUUGAUGGACAUGUUCCGGAGCUAAUCAAUUGGGAUCUCUCUUCGUUUUAUUUAGAUGAAAAGAGUUACCAAAGAGCAGUUAUUAGAUCCAGCCAUUCGAUGUCAAGAACCGCUGCGGCUACCUCUAUGACAACGUCAACGACCCCAUCGACAGCAACGAACGAGUCACAGUAUAUGAGACAAAACAAGUCACCCCAAAAAGAUCACAGAAAAGGUCCAUCAGUUGAUCAGGAGGGACCCACGAGUAAACAGUCCGCAAUGUCCCUGAAUAAAUCACCUUAUUCAAAUAGUCCUACCAUUAUCGAGGUCAAUAAGCGGUUCAAUAACAGUCGGAUUUCGAAAGAAACUCCAGAGAGUCCUUCUAAAGAUUUUGACAAUUUUGUCCAAAAAGUAGAUGCUACCGCAAUUCCUGUCCCUUCUGUUGUUACACCGUCUGCAUCGAGCACUGCAACCUCUUUUAGCUCUAAAACAUCGCAGGCUCCCGAUCAAUAUGUUCGUAAGAUUACUUCCUUAAACAAGGGCAAUGUUGACAGUGACAAAAGCAGUAGAAAAGAUUACAAUGAUUCUGAGGAAUCUCACUCAUCUUUGACAAAAAAUAAUUAUAACUUGUUGGAAAACUUGAACAAUGUUCUUAGCUCAAAUGACGUCCUGCUAGAGACUGCUGCUAAGGUACCUCAAGACAGCUUCAUAAACGCCAAAGAAAGCAAUGCUGAUCAGAAUAUGCAAUACUCCGUUGCAAAAGUAGAGUCACUUGAGGUAUAUGCUGAUGGCGAGACAGCAUCCGCUUUUGAUGUAGACGAAGAUUUAAAUGCAACAAUUCCUGAAGAUACCAUGAAUGACAAUUCGGCCAAGUCUCGUGAGAAGAUAUACCAUAAUCGUCAUGAAAAUACUUAUGAGGAAGCUCAUGAAGACACCUACGAAGAUGCUAAUGAAGAUACUAAUGAAGACACAUAUGAGGAUACAUAUGAAGAUACUAAUGAAUUGUCCUUUGAAAAAGGAGAUGAAAUCCGCUAUAGUCGAGCUUUGGACUCUGAGAGCUCACAUAUCUAUCAUGAGGUCUCCACCAUACAGGAGGAAGCAUCCGGAAGAUUCACAGAGAAAGAAGUGCAGGAUCGGUCGCAAAAAUCAAGCCCUGAAUAUAGUGAUGUCAAGCAACUUCCCAAAAAAUCGUGGGAUAUUGAUGAUGAGGAAAUGCUCGAAAUUUUGACCGAUAUUAAUUGGGAUGUUGAUGAUGAUGCAGAAAAGUUGAUAGAAAAGCUUGAUAUCAAAAUGGCAGAGGCAGAGUACUCCUUUAACAAGGGCCUUUUGUCGUUGGAAAAAUUGGGGCCUAGCCUAGUUCCCUUCGAAGAGAAUGUCGAUAAAGAAUGUAACAAGAUGAAUCCCAUCCUCUCGUUAUUCCUAAUGGAAAUGGGAAAUGUCGCUGAUGACAUAGAGUAUGUCGAAAGUCAAAAAAAUGGGUUGCAAGUUGAAAGUGCGAACAAAAAACAGUUAUGGGAUACAUUGACUGAAUUAAUGAAUACCGUGUCAUUAGAUGACGAAACCCUGAGCCAACUACUAAAUUGCCCUGUCAGCGAAAAAAAUUUGAACAAAAUGGAAGCUCAAUUGGUGGUACUUUUUAAAGCACUCAAAGCCAUCAGUGGUGAAAGAGACGAGAAUGGAUAUAAUCUUGGAGAAAUGAGAGCAUUAAAGCAGAGACGCGAAACAUACGAGAAAGUUACAAAAAUUUUUUUGGAAAGACUUGUUAAUGAAAUGGAAGGUAAAUUUAAAAAUAUAAGCUUUGGCGAAUUAUCUGAAGACCAUUUGAUGAGUUUCUUGACGCGACUCUUAGGUUAUUCGUCAUUGACUCUCUUUUGCAAGGAUAUUUCCCCUUCUUCAUACAAUGAUCUGAUUGAGAAAUGGAAUGCGUCCAUCUCCUUGGUCUAUAAGAAAAUGGCUAACAGUAUAAUCCAAAAUUUGAAGAAAUCGAAUUACUCAUUGUCAGCUGCGGAACAUCACGUAACAGCCAACCAGCCGGGUUGGCGAGAACUUCUUAUGAAUAAUGACCGAAAAGAACAAGCCGAAGAAUGCGAUGUUCCAAACCAAGAAAUAAUUCUUCAGUUGAGUGAACCAAUCGAAACCUUAGGUAAAUGGUGUAUUUUUUAUCAGAAUUUUAUCGACACAUUUUUUCAUAUAUCGUCAAAACUCGAUUUUGAACAGUAUAUUCACCAAUUUAACGACCCGAGAUUGAGAAUCACUUCACUGGAAGGUGUGAAAACAUUGCAAUCGGAUAGAGGAUCUGCUUCCAGAGAAUUUCAAUUAGUUUCUAGAAUUUUUCAGCCAAUUAUGACACAGAUGUCAUCUUACGUGAUCGAUGUAUCGAAGAGUGAUAAGUCUUUAGCACCAGCACUAAUGGUUUUUCUUGAACAGAAAAUGAAGAACUUGGAAUCUUCUAAUGCAGAGUUCUUGAACGCUGUGCUGUCCAGAUUAUUUGUGCAGGUAAAACAGCUAUGGCUAGAACAUAUCGAUGAGGAAGUCGUUUAUAUACAAAGAAUUAAUAUUAACUUUUCAUCAAGAAUUAUAUUUCCGGUGGUUUUGGGGUUCACACUAUUGAUCAAUAACUCCAAAGAGCUGAUUGGGUACUUCCAGAAACGGCUCAAAAUUCAAAAAGAUGCACCUUUUGAGGCAAUUCAGUGUUUUGAUGAGGCAUGUCGCAAGUUGGGUAGUGCUAUAGCAGCCUUAAUGGAAGAAAAAUCAAAUACCAAGAAUACCGUCAUUACCAGUACUCCAAUGACGACUUCAAACACGUCAAAUCUUGAUAGGACGAUAACACUACUGAUGAAUUCAGACUGGCUCUUUGAGAUACUGAACAAUUUGAACGCCAAAGGACUAUUUGAUUCUACCAUACAAGCAGCAAAGAAAAUGUUUGAUAAGGAGAAAGAUGCGUACGCGGUUCACUUAAUAGAGGCUGCCAUGCCUAAAUUGACGUCCUUUGUCAAUGGUGCAAUGAACCUUGUUGGAAAUGCAAGCGGUGCUCAAGCUGCGGACCCAUCACAUUGGGCAGCGUAUAGUAAGAAUAAUUUGGAUAAUAUUCUCGCAUCAUACAGCUCAAAAGAAAUUCAAGUUCUCGUGGAGAGACUUCAUGAUCAUAUGGAAUCCCACUUUGCUAACGAGCCGAGCGACUCUACAAGAGAAGCCAUCUGUGAUAAAUUGUGGUCUUGCUUGCAAGGUCACACUGUUUCCGUAUACCUGAAACUCUACACCCUCAUCGAAAGACACUACAAGGGAACUUACGUGAAAUUCACCAAGAACGAUAUAAUUACUGCUUUUGAAAGCUUCAAAAGGGUAAGGCCUGUCAAAUAUAAUACAUAG